AUGGAAGACCUGGCUGACAAAUGGGCGGCUAUAUGCAUCUCAAGAAAACCAGAUCCUUCACUCUACAAAGACUAUGCAGGCACUGCCCAGGUUCUGACUGUUAGUCAUGAACCUCAACUAACAUUUACGAAAGCUAUUUCCGCUGUUAAAGAUGAGGCACGACAUUAUGAAUACCGGGACAAUACGUGUACUGGUGAAUGCGACUUUUAUAAGCAGAUCAUAUGGGCUAAUUUGACAGAAGUUGGUUGCGCAAUGAAAACGUGCGUAAAGUAUGUGCAGCGCAAAGAAACGCCGGCCCAUGUCAUGGUCUGUGUGUAUAAAAUUGCACAAAGGAUUGACGACUUGAAGCCGUACGAAGAGGGAGAUAGCUGCACAAAAUGUCCUCCUCAACAUAGAUGCGUUCGCAACCAAUGUGCGGAAGAUCUCGAACAGGAUCUGUUGGUUAAGUUAAACUUUCCUGUCUUUGUUCCACCAGACUGGCUGCAGGGAUAUCGUCACCUUCCUGCUCAAUCGAGGCAACCACCUACUCCACCACUUCCUGCUUCUCUAACGUCUGUUAAGAAUGGCCCUCAAAUGUGCACUGUGCUGCAGUCCCUGAAAGCAACUCGUCUCCCCCUUUCACAUCAGCUACCUGUUGAUGUCAAGCAAUCGCCGAUCAAGGCCCGCUUCGAGACCAACGACGGCGACGUGAAUGGCCUCCUCUUAGCUUGUGCCGCUGCCUCAAAGUGGAAGAUGGUAUUACAAAUGAGUUAA